AGUUGGUGUCCGAAGUUAAGAAACGUAGUCGACAAGAAUGGGAAGAUUCCGUAAAAACCCGUACUGGAAAGAGACUAUGUAGAGGACAGACUGCCAGUAAUUGUCGAAGUGCAAACACAUCCCGAGCAUCCACUAAUCCACAGUUGUCACAAUGGCCAUCUAUGCCAUCUAUUUCGGAAGAUGUAGAGUUGACAAAUAUUGCUGCUGCCGAUCAAGUCCCAACUUUAAAUGCUUCUCAGAUUAAAGGUGUUAGUGGAAAACGAUUACCAAUGGCUUCUACACCAAAAGUAACUGAAAUUAAAGGAUUCAUUCCUCCAUCUGCUACUUGUCGAGUAACUCGAUCACGUGCAAUCAAUCAUCAAAGUUCAGAUACACGUAAAAUGAAUACAACUCGUGUAAAUAACAGUAAUAUGAGUUAUUCUGCCAACAAAUACUUUAACCAUUAUGGAUAA